UAUUUGUUUGUCAAAAAAGAAAAAUAGGUUUUAAAAUAAAAAUUUACAUUUAAAAUAUAUAAAAACUAACUCUUCUAAAAUGUCAGCAAUUUUAGCCACCGCCCGGCAAACGGUUUUCAUUUCAAAUUUGUUAAAGAAACCUUUAAAUAAUAUUAUCAUAGAUUUGCUUAAAUUGAACAAAAAUCUCUCAUCAUCAUGUUCCAGUAAGAAUGAUAUGGAAAACAAGAAGAAUUACAAAACUCCCCAUCCACCUAAAGAUCCUCCUGACAACUACAAUCCUUCUUGUGUGGAUCAUGAAGCCCUAGAGACACCUGAUUUCAUACCACCAGCUGUUUUUCGGCAAUUCACUUCUACUUGUGAGAUUUUGGGACCAGGGGCUGAUAAAAAAGGUUGCUAUAAAAAUCCUGAAUAUUAUUCGUAUCAUCGUUAUUCAUUUGCUGCCUUGCAGCAGACAUGUUUGGCGAUUCGUGCAAAGAAAGAUGAUAAUAUUCGUUGCUUAUAUGAUUAUGAGCAAAGUGAUGAUGAAACAUAUAGCAGCGAUGAGGAUAAGAAAUAAUUGUGAUGAAUUAAUUUUGUAAUGAAUUGUUAAAAUUUUUAGAUUUUUGUUGUUUAAAAAACAUACUUUGUAAUUUUAUAUAAACAAUUUAGUUGAUCAGUAAA